CCCGCUGACCAGGUGCCAGGGCGGGCGCGGGCCCGGGUGGGCGGAGCCUCGGAAAGCGGUGCCGCGGGCUCCGUUCCGCGGUGUCCGGGAACAUGGCCCCGGGGCCGCCGGCCACGCAGGGGCUCCUGCUGUUGCUGCCGCUGCUGCCGCUGUCGCAGGUGGCGCUGGGUUCCGCGGAAGACAACUGUGACCCGUCGGACCAGUGCCGCUGUCCCCUCAGGUGCCCGUCCCAGGCCCGCUGGAGCAGCCUAUGGCAUGUGGGGCUCAUCCUGCUCACCAUCCUCCUGUUGCUGCUCUGCGGGGUCACAGCCAGUUGUGUACGGUUUUGCUGCCUCCGGAAGCAGGCACACACCCAGACACACCUGCCACCAGUGUGGCAGCCCUGUGACAUGACUGUUAUCCCUGUGGACAGUGACAGCCCUGCACACAGCACUGUGACCUCCUACAGCUCUGUGCAGUACUCACUGGGCAUGCAAUUGCCCCUCUCUUUUGGGGAGCCUGAUCCUGACUUCAUGGUCCCUCCUGCCUACAGCCUGUAUGCUCCUGAGCUGCCACCGUCCUAUGAUGAGGUUGUCAAGAUGGCAAAACCCAGAGAGGAGGAGGCAGCUCCCUCCCAGAAACCCAGCUCUCUGCCUGAGGCCUUGGAGACCACUCCAGAACCCCAGGAGCCAGGCCCCAAUGCCCAGCAGCCCUAGCUGUGUCCCAGUGCCCCUUGAAGAGGAUAGGAGUUCUUUCUCUUGGAGCUAAUAGAUCAUAGCUUAGAGUCCUGAUGCCUAGGACCAAGGACUCCUGCCUGUGUCAUCCUUCCUCUGGGAAGACCAGCCAUCCAGCACAUUGCUGCAGACUCAGGCCUUGUUGCUAUGCAACACUGGCUGGCCAGCCUGCCUUGUGUUGGCCACCUCCUCUCCUCCUCAGUACCAGGCAGGCUGAUGGUCUCAACACACACACACACACACACACACACACACACACACACGCGCAUGCACGCACGCACAUACACACGCGCACACACACACGGCCUGUCUGGGGCCAAAGAGAUCCUCAUUCCAGGGGAGGAGCCUCCAGCCUGAACCUUGGGAGCUCAAGGCCCUCUGGCAUGUCAACCCUUUGAAGAGAGAAUAAAGUUUAUGUGAACA